AUGGAGUGCAAAAAGAGGAAGAGGGGAGAGAGGGUUUUUAGGUUUAAGAGUUUUGGUGAACAUGGGUAUCCGAUUGAGUUUGAUGGUCCUUUUAGGCAUAAUGUUAAAAUGCUUCUUGAACUUGGGAAUUCUGAGACAAACUUAUGCAAUGGAUUGGCAAGCUGGUCAUUUCAACUUGAAGUUCGUCGCCAUCCUCCUCUUCAUACCUUAUUAUUUGUUGUAGAGGAGCCAAUGGGGGCAUCAACUCAACAUCAUUGCAAGCAUUGCCGAUAUGUUGGCUGGGGUCAUCAUAUGGUUUGCAAUAAGAAGUAUCACUUUAUUUUGCCUUCAAAGAAUAUGGUGGCUGCCUUACUAAGCUGUGAAGGUGACAACGAUGCCGGUAAGUCUAAUUUAGUUGAAUUACAUAGCCAUAUCCUGCAUGUUGUCUUUCACUCAAAUGGGUUUGGGCAUUUGUUGUGUGUAAAUGGGGUGGAAAUGGGGUCCGACUUGACCGGAUACCAAAUCAUGGAUUUCCUGGAUCGCUUAUGCACUGCUUUGCUCGCAAGGAAAGUGAGUUUGUGUGACACUUCAAAGAAGAAAGGCAUGGAAUUGAGACUUCUUCACGUUGUAGCAUACAACCAACCAUGGUUUGGUCAAUGGGGCUACAAAUUUGGGCGUGGCAGCUUCGGUGUGACUCAACCCGUCUACCAAAAAGCCAUUGAAGCAAUACAAUCCAUGCCACUAAGUUUACUCAUUCAACAUCUCGCCAAUUUCAACCAAUUCAUCCCACUUAUUUUCUCAAGAUACCAAACAUUUUCUGACAAUUCAUUGGGGACACUUGGUGACCUAUUUCAUUUCUUAUUGGAACUCAAGUCUAGACUUCCGAAAGAAAAUUGUGGUGGUUCCUACAACCCCGGAAUCUUAGUUGAUACAACUUGUAGAUGGUCAGCCAAGAGAGUUGAAAUGGCGACUAGAGUGAUUGUUGAAGCAUUGAAAAGUUCUGAAUCCAGAUGGGUUUCAAGGCAAGAAGUUAGGGAUGUUGCUCGUGCAUAUAUUGGUGACACGGGAUUGCUUGAUUUUGUUCUCAAGUCGCUUGGAAAUCACAUUGUGGGGAAGUAUUUGGUUCGCCGUAGCUUGAAUCCUGUGACAAAGGUUUUAGAGUAUUGUUUGGAAGACAUUUCUAAUAUAUUUCCUAACCAAGAUUUGGCCUUCAAUAAUUCAAACAUCAAAGCUCAGUAUAAGAUAACAGGGUCUCAAUUGACCAAGGAUAUGCAAACUUUGUUCAAGUAUAUUUUUAAAGUGGACCAAAAGCAAGCAAUAAGCUCAGGGGUUCUCAGUGGAAUAGCAAUGGCUUCCAGGAUAAUUCUUGACACCAAAUGUUUUGUUAAAGAAUAUGGGGGCGAGUUUUGUUCUAAUAAAGUUGAAUUGGACAUGGAAGGGAAAUUAAAGGUUUAUUGUACGGUUACACUAAGAAACAAUGAACAAGCCAAUGAAGAAAUGAAGAAAACAAUAAUCCAAUUACCAUAUGAAUGCAUUACGCUAAAGAAUAAUGCUACAUUUGAUAAGCUUAAGUUAGAAGUGGAAAGGAGCUUCAGGGAAGUGUAUUGGGGAUUGAGGAGUUUUAAUGUUGAAUCAAUAGUGAAUUUGAAUGCCAAAGGAUCGGAUUUGGUUUUUGAGUUUGUUGAAGUUGGGAGAAAAAUUGUUUUUGAGGGAAGCAUAAGCAAAGAGAGAGGGAUUAUGAAUGAUGAAAUGUUUGAAAAUGGGGUAAGAAAUUGUGUUGUAGAUUGUGGUUGUGGAGCAGAAGAUGAUGAUGGAGAAAGAAUGAUUAGCUGUGACAUUUGUGAAGUGUGGCAGCACUCAAGGUGUGUUGGGAUUCCUAACAAUGAAGAAAAUCCUCCUAUAUUUCUUUGUAAUAGGUGUGAGCAAGAGAUUGUGAACUUACCUUCUUUACCAUAG